CUUUUUGGGGCCAAAUCCAAAUCGCCAAAAGACUUCCCCAAAAAAAUCAAAAAAACCAAUUAACCAACCGAACACUCACCGCACAAAUCGCAUCCAACUUUCUUCGACAUUCCAUCAAACUUCUCGAAUUGGUCCUCGAAAGUUUCCCCGUUAUAGUCGUUCCUUUACACCGUCGAUGUAAUCGAUGUUCUUCGAUGUCUAGUUCAUGUCUUUUCGUGUCGUCCGAUUGAAUUUCCUCCGCGUAUUUUCCUCGCGAUCCACCGGCUAUUCGAGUUGGGAAUGGCAAGUGCAGUACUGGAAAUCAAGCCCGCCAAAUCCGUCGUUGGUACCGUCAACGCGCUGCCCGAAGGCGAAAUGGACGCCCUUUUGCUAGGAAGGACCCGGAUACUUUUACAAACUACUUUAAAUACACCAUUAAAACUAUCCAUAUACUGUUCGUUCGAUCGCUUCCGGGACAAAACCGAAUCAGCUUCGACGUCGACGGUAAUUGCGCCAUCGGUGACCAGCCGGUGGAAAAUUGCAAAUCCCCACAAUGGCGAAAAUUCCCCGGACGCUUACCAGAAGGUCAGGCACACGCCCAUGACGACGUCGCCAUGGCGACCCUGUCGCAUCAUAACCAGGAAUCAUCGGCGAUGA